GAUAUGGCAAAACAAUAUCCAAAUUCAAUGUUUGUGGGAAUAGACAUAUCUCCAAUUUUUCCAACAGAAGGUCUUCCUUUAAAUGUGGCGUUUGUCGAGAAUAAUGUGUUAGAUGUAUUACCAUAUGAAGAUGCGUCUUUCGAUUUCAUUCACCAAAAAUUCAUGGUUUGUGCUUAUACGGGAGCACAAUGGGAAGAGAAAGUUAUCCCAGAAAUAACAAGGUUAACUCGACCAGAUGGAUGGGUUGAGCUGGUAGAAAGUGAUAGUUAUUAUACAUCUGAUGGAAACGUUGCAAACAGACUUUCAAAAGCACUCCAAGAUUUUAUGACAUUGAAAGGAAUGGAUUGUGACAUUGGGAAAGAGAUUCCGCGCAUUCUUGGAAACACAAACGCAUUUUCAGAAAUUAAAAAUAAAAAACAAGCUGUAGUUUUAGGCAAGAAAGGUGGUAAAUCUGGAGAAGAGACUUUAAGAUUUUGUACUGCUGCUCUCCGCUCUUUUAGAAGCUUUUUCCCAGCCAAUAUGAACAUAAUGCCCGAACAUUAUGACGCUCUUGUAGAAACACUCUCUAUUGAGGCGGAAAAAACGACUACUUUUAUUAAUCAAUAUCGAAUUUGUGGUCAUAAGAUGUAA